CACUCCUUUGGAUUUUUAGCGCACAAUACACACUCACAGCCUCGAGAUGAACACACACAUACACACACACACACACACACAUACACACGCAUGCACGCACGCACGCACGCACUCAAGCGCGCGCGCGCUGGCUGAAGAGGGGGCGUCACAUUGGGAAAAAUCACCGCUGUAAUGCACAUCUGCAAAGAAUGUAGCACAAAACGGUCCAGAAACUCAGAAAUAUCGUGUGGGUAGGUGUGUAAGUUAACUUGCCAUUUGAUCAAUGGAAAGCAACAAAUCAAGAACACCCAGGACCUCACAUCCCAGAGUCUCUCCAACAUUGUCUCCUAAGAUCUUACAAGCUGAACUGAUAUAUCCAUAUAAAGAGUGCUACCUGUGCUUUCUCGCUGAAGAGUCUCUUUGAACCUCUUUAUAUCAAGAUGAAAUAAUGAAGAGCUAGUGUAUUAAGUGCCACUGGUGAGUUCUUCUGGUGUAUUCCCCCAUUCCUGGAAGAAUCAUGGGUUGUGGAGGCUCUAGGACAGACGCUUUGGAACCACGGUACCUGGAAAGCUGGACCAAAGAGACAGAAUCUACUUGGCUGACUAGCACAGAUACAGACAUCCCACUGUCUUCAAUCCACAGCAUCCCCUCAGAGACCUCCUCUGAGGUUGUUUUUGCAUCAGAGAAAACCACCAACUCUGAUAUCUUCGAUGAUGGCCUGCCAGCUCCUGCUCAGGCAUACCUGAAGGUGUGUUCUGCCAUGUCUGAGGCUAGUAUUAAUGAUGUCAAAGGUGGUGGUCCUCACACAAUACUGGCCUCUCAAGAACAGGAGGGCCUGCCCUCCUCACCAGGCACCACAGUGCAGAGAAGAAGUGUUGUUCGCACUGAAGAGAUUUGGCAAGACAAUAGGAUGUCGACUAAGCAGGUGACCAUCACUGUAACGCAGAGCAUUCGUCAAGUGGACAAGAGCGGAAAGGUCAAAGAAAAAUCCCACACUACUUUUGAGGUCAUGAAACCUCUGGAUUGUCUGAAGGAAGCAGAAGCAGACUCUGUUCUGAAGUGAGACAAGAACUCAGCUUGGGAACUGACAUAAAAAGACUUAUGGAUCGUCAGUCUUUUAAAAACUGUGAUGAACAGAAGGCAGCAUGGAAUCAAAAGGGAGGUCUGAUUUCUGACAGAAGCACAGGUCUGUAAAUGUGGUCUCAAAAAGACAGGCUUUAUUAGACUAUGUAGUUUUGUGUGAACAUCACAUUUAUUUCAUUUAUACCAGCUGCUCGCUUUUAUUCAUCAUUCUCCGUUGCCAUGUCUUCAUUAUAAUACAUUAUUUGAAAUGAUAUUGUGGAAAUCAGGAUUGAUUUGUGACAAUCAAAGCAAACACCAGAAGACCUCUUAAGCUAUUUAUAUAAAAGUAUAAAAAAACACAUGGUUACAUCUGUUUUAUGUGGGCAGCGCACUAAUUGUAUGUAAUUAUCCUGUUAAUCAUGAGUGCCUUUUAAAGGUUUGAUGACUAAUUCACUUUUGCUAUUGAGACAAAUGGGAUUUUAUUGGGGCGUAUUUAACAAAUUAAUAUAAUAACUAGGCAACACGGUGGCGCAGUGGGUAUCAAUGCUGCCUCACAGCUCCAUGGUUCAACUCGGGUUACUGUCUGUGCAGAGUUUCGCAGGUUUUCCCCAUGUUUGUAUGAGUGUCCUCCACAUUCCCAGGUCUCCCACUAUCCAGAAACACGCAGGUAUGCGGAGUGGCCAUGUUACAUUGCCACAAGAUAUGAAUGGGUGUGUGAAUGGUGCCCUGUGAUGGACUGGUGUCCCAUCCGGGGUGAAUUCUCCUGCCUUGCACCAAGUGUUACCAGGAUUAACUCUGGAUCCAACGUGAUCCUGACCAGGAUAAAGUGGUUACUGAAGAUGAAUGACUGAAUGAAUGAAAUAACCAAAAUAAUAAGUUAAUUGCUUUUGGUUUGACAUGGAGUGUCAGAACAGGCUAAGCUAUAACACCAUGAUAACACAAUGAUGUGCUAAUGUUCCUAUCCACUGCUUCAUUUAUUAAGGCUUUUUUAUUUGUUUACCAUAAAUUAUAAGUUAACUUCAUGAUGUGA